AUGAAAUACCAAUCACCCCCGCCUCUUGGUCAUGCUGUUCCUGUAUCAAAGGAGCACGCUAUAUCCGUGCAAUUCCCUGUCUGGGCUGAUGUAGCGGGUUAUGGAGCAGGAAAGCCAGAAGUUUCAGAGGCUCUACAAAAUGGAUAUCCCAGAACAUUUCUGCACACAAAAGUUCGAGAAGUAUGCAUCUAUACUCCCAGUGAACUGAAACUUGACUUAGCCUCGAGACUAAUCGCAGCAGAUUGCCGAUCUUUUCUUCUUGAUAAGGAGGUCAACCCAGAUGGUGCCGUUGAAGAGAAGGAUACUUCGCUCUUCGCUGUGAAACUCAUCCAGGGACCUUCUCAAUCCGAUGUCAACUUUUCCUACAUCCCUCAGCUCUAUGCUGUUACGCAUCCAAAGAGCGCGGAAGCAACAAAAAUGACUUUCUGGCGGUUGAAUGGCCGCGGAAUAUCUUCGAGGCUAGCAAAGCAAUGCCUCCAAUGUACCCAAUGCCAACUAACGCCUACCAAAGGCGCGCUGCAAGGGUCACCAUCUACCCGCGACUUUCCCCUCUAUGACACACUUCGCAAGCGGGUAGCUGAUCUGCUUGUGCGCGCUCCCAUUAAUUCCAAGAAAACCCUGCCAACCAGCGAUGAUGUGUAUCUCAGCGCGUCGGGCAUGGCUGCGCUCUACCACGUGAAUCAGUCACUUCUACGAUGGCGAAGCGAUGACAUUGUUAUGCUCGGCUUUCCUUAUGAGCUAACAGUGAAGAUGAUUGAGACGAUUGGCAUACCAUGUCACAUGUAUAGCUACGGCCUCGAUAAAGACAUCGAUAAUCUAGAAAAACUCUUGAUCUCGCGAGCUAAGGAGGGCCGAAAAAUUCAAUCUGUAUGGUGCGAGUGUCCCAAUAACCCGGUCUUGCGAACACCGGACUUGCGCAGAGUGCGCGAUCUGGCCGACAAAUACGAUUUCCUCUUUGUGAUCGACGACACAAUAGGAAGUGCGGCCAAUAUUGAUGUGUCAGAUGUCGCUGAUGUUAUUGUCACAUCCUUGACUAAGAAUUUCAGUGGCUAUGCUGAUGUUCUUGGAGGGUGUGUUACUUUGAAUCCACACUUCUCUCAUUACCAGGAGCUCAGUAAAAUAUUUGCUGCAACUCAUGUAAAUAAUCUCUAUGCAGAGGAUGCCAUCCAGCUGGAGUUGAACAGUCGCAAUUACCUCGAGCGUUUUACGCAGCAAAACAGCACUGCUGCCUAUCUGAUUGACUAUCUUACUCCCUACAUCGCUGAUUCCAACAGUGCUCUGGCUGAUAUUUACUCGCCUCGUGUCUGCUGGAGCCGCAAGAACUAUGAAAGCUUCUUGCGCCCCGCCACUGACGAGUUCGAGCCGGGAUUUGGCUCUGUAUUUGGAGUUGAUUUUGAAAACACCGAGCAGGCCUCGGCAUUCUUCGACAACUUCCCAGUAUGCAAAGGGCCUUCCUUUGGCGCGAAUGUUACGAUUGCGCUACCCUAUGUCCAAUUGGUUAUGCAGAAGCAAAAGGAUUGGGCAAGAGGACAUGGGUUGAAUGAGACCUUGAUUCGGAUUUCUAUCGGUCUCGAAGACCCAGAGGUGCUUCUUGAGCACAUUAAAGGGGCGCUGCAGGCGGCGGAUGAGGCUAAAAAGCAGAGUUUGAAUGGCACUGCAAAUGGCACUGCGAAUGGCACUGCGAAUGGCACUGUAAAUGGCACUGCAAAUGGUCUUCAUUAG